GUGAAAGGUGUCAGGAGGAUUCUGGGCUGGGUGGAGACAAGACAUGUGGUGCAUUGGGUCCCAGCAUGGAUCCUUCGAGCUGAAUGGCCUGUGUCCGUACUGGAAAUGACUCAAUGGCUCGCCAGGCUACCAGAACCUUUCUCCCCCCACCACCCGGUAUUGGGUUGAGCUAGAGACGUCAGUUCCGGUGUGUGGUUUCAGACAGUCUUGUUCUCCAGCUCUUAGAAGCUGGCUGCUGAUUUAACACCUCCGCAUGAAGCCGCAGUUCUCUCCUGAAACCAACUCAGCGAGUUCCAUCAAAUAAGAUUGAGUUGUGUUUGUAAAACACACAAUGGCACCAAAGAAGAAAAGCACUAAGAAAAACAAGACUGAAAAGAAUGAUUUACCAAAAAUAAGCAUUGUUGAGGACACAACCAUUGACAUCGAUCAGCUGAACCACCUUAACACACUCUAUGAUAGUGGAUCAAAUGGGUUUCGAUGCACAGCCACAGAAGUCUCCAAUCCCAAUCAUGGCAACAUCCUUUUGGAGGAAAUCAGCAGGAUGCGCCAGGAGAGACUGUUCUCUGAUCUCACACUAUCCACUAAAAAUAAAUCCUUUGAUGUCCAUAAAGUGGUGAUGGCUGCUUGUAGUGAUUAUUUCCGUAACAUGUUGAAAAAAGAUCCUUCGAUUAAAUGUGUAGACGUUAAUGAUGUUUCACCUUUGGGUUUAACCACUGCGAUAACCUAUGCCUAUACAGGGACACUCAGCUUGUCUCUUUAUACUAUUGGAUGCACCAUUGCCACUGCCACCCAAUUUCAAAUGUAUACCUUGAUCAAUAUGUGCACUGACUUCCUCAUCCAAGAAAUUAAUGUGGAAAACUGCAUGUACAUCUCAAAUAUUGCUGGGACAUAUGGAUUAAACCACGUUAAAGAGUCAGCAAAGAAAUUCAUCCGUGAAAAUUUCUUGGAGUUUUCAGAAAAUGAUCAAUUCAUGAAGCUGACUUAUGAUCAAAUAAGUGAUUUGUUGAUGGAUGACAGCCUGCAAUUGCCCUCUGAGCUCACUGCAUUUCAAAUUGCUAUGAAAUGGUUGCAAUUUGAUUCCAAAAGGGUGAAGCAUGCAGCUGACCUGUUGAGUAAUAUCAGAUUUGGUACCAUUUCAGCUCAUGAUCUAGUCAGUUAUGUUCAACCUAUCCCAUGUAUGAUGCAAGAUCCAGAUUGCCAUCGACUCCUAGUUAAUGCUAUGAACUAUCACCUUCUGCCUCAUCAACAGAACUCAAUGCAAUCGAGAAGAACAAAGCUCAGGGGAGGACAGAAGGUUCUGUUAACCGUAGGUGGUCGACCAGCUUUGACUGAGAAGGCUUUGAGUAGAGAAAUCUUAUACAGAGAUCCAGAAAAUGGAUGGAACAAACUUGCAGAAAUGCCAGCUAAAAGCUUCAAUCAAUGCGUAGUUGUGAUGGAUGGCUUUUUAUACGUGGCUGGUGGUGAGGAUCAGAAUGAUGCCAGAAACCAAGCUAAACAUGCUGUCAGCAGUUUAAACAGAUAUGACCCUCGUUUCAAUACGUGGUUUCAUUUGGCCAGCAUGCUUCAGAGGCGAACCCAUUUCAGUAUGUGUGCUUACAAUGGCCUGCUUUUUGCAAUUGGUGGUCGGAAUUCAGAUGGUCCUGUUUUGUCCAUGGAAUGUUACAUCCCUUCCACUAAUCAGUGGCAGAUGAAGGCUCGGAUGGACGUCGCCCGCUGCUGUCAUGCUUCUGCUCUUAGCGAUGGCAAGAUCCUGAUAACUGGCGGCUAUAUCAACAAUGGUUACUCUCGUACAGUGUGCGCCUAUGAUCCAACAAUUGACACUUGGAAAGACUAUGCUAGUUUGAGUACACCCAGAGGAUGGCACUGUGCAGUCACUCUUGGUGAUUAUAGCUACGUGAUGGGGGGUAGUCAGCUUGGGCCGCAAGGUGAGCGGGUUGAUGUGAUAACGGUUGAACGCUACAAUGCUUAUAAUGGGCAAUGGAGCUACGUGGCUCCCCUAUCAAUUGGUGUAAGCACAGCUGGUGUAACAACCCUGAAUGACAGAGUUUAUCUAGUCGGAGGUUGGAAUGAAAGUGCAAAGAAAUACAAGAGCUGCAUCCAGAUCUACAAUCCAGAUCUGAAUGAAUGGACUGAGGAGGAUGAGCUACCAGAAGCCACAGUGGGUGUCUCUUGUUGCACCAUUAUGUUGCCCAACAACAAACUUCGAGAGUCCAGAGCUAGUUCUGUGGCAUCUGCAGCAAUCAGUAUCUAAUGAGUAGCAUAUUUUAAAUUUUAAGAAACUCUUUAUACAGCCAGACUUCAAAUAUAAACCCCAGUAUUAUCACCUAGUUCUUUCAUUCAUAUGGCCUUACCCAACAUUUUACCUGACAGUGUCUAGAAAAACUUGCAUUAUUGGUUUCAUGGCAGAGUGGGCAGCAGCUGGGUAACUUUGUCUCCUAGCAUUUUCCAGGUAGAUAUCUUUACAGAAGGGUUUGACAAAUCUUUUUACAAUUGCCCCAAAAACUCUAAUCUGGUGCACUGAAAUGUUUUUUUUUCAAAAAAUAAGUUUUGUCAAAUGUUUUCCAUGGAGAUAGUGCUUCUUAAAUAUCAAUACAAGUGGCCAAGAUACAUGUAUAUCUUAAAUCAAUCAAAAAAUUGUUCACUGGAUGCAGUAUUCUCCAAGAUUCAACCAGUAAAUGGUCACUUUCUAUCCAUCAUGUUAUUGAUUUUAUUAUGAUCUGACAUGCUCUGAAGAAUGAAAUCAGUUAUAUUUCCAGAAUUUAGACUCAAUAAAGUUGCAUCAAUGUUAAGAAGCCUGAGAGAGGAACAAAAUGGAGACUGCCUUCUUUAAAAACACCAAAUUUAUCACAUUUCCAAACUGAAAAAUAAGAAACUUGUCAACUCUCUUCCCCUUUACUAUCACAUCUUGAGAUAAAGUGAAUAUUGUACAGAAAUGGUAAGGAAAUGUUUUGUUGAUUAAAGGUAGCCAUGACUCAUCUAAAAGCUUAA